GCGCUAUCGGCUGACAACGCCCGGCCCGCCAUGCCGAGUGAGGGCACUUCCGGGUGACGGCCGGGCCGUGCCACGUGACGCGGCGCUCGCGUGGGGCCGCCUGUCAUGUGACCUUCGGCGGCUCCGCGCAGGAGGCCAUGGCCGCCCCCCGCCCCCCCAGGGUGGUGCCGGGCGAAGCCUCCGAAAGCGACUCAGAGCCGGAGCCGCCGCGGGGGGCGAGCGGGGGGUUCCCCGGUGCCGGGCUGAAAGUGCCGGGCGAAGCCUCCGAAACCGAGGAGGAGGAAGAGGAGGAGGAGGAGGAGGAGGGAGGCGAGAGGCCGAAGACCCCCCAGGCUUCGCCGGAAGAACCGGCGCCGGUUUGGGGGUACGGCCGGGGGGGCCCCUCGCUGUUACAGCAACGGCUGCGGGAAGGUUCGGGACGGCUCCGGGGAGCGGUCGGCGGCGCCCUACGGCAGAGUUACGGCAACGCCGCCCGGCAUCUGGGGGGGCUCGGGGGGGCCCUGGGGCGGGCGCAGGCGACGGCGGCCGCCGCCGCUCACUGCCUGCGCCUGGCUCGUCGCGACCUGCGCGCCGUGGCCGCCACCGUCGACAUCGUCGCCGCUUGUCGCCUCUUGCCCGACAUCCGCGGGGAGCUGCCGGCGCUCUGACGCAACGGCGGGAACCGGCGGCGUCAUUCGAGGUCACCCACCGGCGCGGCUGCGGAACCCCGAGUUGUCCCCGAAGAUGACGCCCGCACCCCCCCCACCCCCCUCCCCGCCAAACCGCGCGCGCCCCUGGGGUGGCGUCGUCCCCAAACGCCGCCGCGUCGCGUGACGCGGGAAUCAAUAAAUCUCCGGUGAUGGUGGCACAGCCCGGGGGGGGCUCGGUG